CAGGCCCACUGGAGCCAUCCCCCAAAAUGGCUAGGUAUGAAGACAUUUCCUUGAAAAUGAGGAAUCCUAUAUCUGGAACCAGUCUGAAUUCUACACAUAUGGAGUACCCACAAACACAGAAAUCAAACUCCAUUGCAUCUUCAGUGAAUAGCCAAAGGACUACAAAAUCUUUCAAAAAAAAGAAAAGCACAAAAACACUUAUUAUAGGACUUUUCUAUGGAUUAUUUUCGGGUCUUUUCUUUGCUGCUUGUGCUGCAAGUGUCAAAUACCUUCGUGAUAUAGAUCCAGGACAAGUAGCAUUUUAUCAAUACAUUGCCAUUGCGGUAUUUUCCUUACCAAUGGUCGUCAAAGGCGGAAGAAAUAUCUUUGGACCAGAAAGAUCUACUAAGUAUUGGUUUCUUCUGUGUGGAAUCUUCGAUGCUGUCACUGUGUACUUGGCUUUUGUUUCAUUCAGGUAUUUACCAUUAUCCGAUGCCACAGUGCUCACUUCAAGUGUACCUGUCUUCGUAACAAUAUCAGCUAGGAUAUUUUUAAAAGAAAAGUGUGGAGCAUCGCAAAUUUUUGCUAUCGCCAUCUCUGUAGUUGGCGUAGCAUUAGUGAGCAAAGUACCUUUGCUUAUGGCCAACAGGACAAAUGUGUAUACUAAAGAAAGUGUCAUCGGCUUGUUAGCUUCUUUGGGAUCCAUAACUACAGAAAGUGGGGUUUACAUAGUGCUACGAAAACUACACGAUGUCGAUGUGUACGUCAUAUUGUUCAAUUUUGGCAUCGUGGCAACUGCUGUCAACGCUUUUUUGACGGCUGCAUUUGGUGAGUUCACAUGGACCGUAUGUGGUAUUCAACAAGGUCUAGUGAUCGCAGUUGGUGUUUUCAGUUUUCUCAGUCAACUCACUCUAACUAAAGCUUUAGAAAUGGAGGAAGCUGGACCUGUUUCAGUGCUCAUGGCUGCUGGAGAUAUUAUUCUUGCCUUUAUUUUAGAUAUGACUCUUUUCAAAGACACGCCAGAUGCAUACACUAUUGCUGGCACCGUGCUGGUAAUUUCAUCUGUGAUGCUUGUAGGGUUUAAAAAAUGGCUUGAUGGUAAUUUAAAAGGUUCGUCCUUGAAAAUGAAGUUCAUGAAAAUACUGUUUUAAUAUUUCUUGUUGACUGACUAUCAGUUUAAAAAGAACUAUUGCAUAUAUUUUCUAAUUAUAAUGUAAACAGUGUUUACUUACUGUUGUUAGAUUUUUUUUUUUAUUUUAGAUGCUAUACAAUCAGUGUUACAAUAAAUGAAUGCCAUUCUAGAAAAAGAUUAAAUUUUAACUUGUUUUCAUUUAAAUUUUAGUAAAGUAAUUAAGAAAAAUAGUGAUCCUCCGUGACUUUUUCCUAAUGAAGCACGGAAUCCUUAGAAAGAAUUUAGGGUUUAUAUAUACAUAUAUACAGCCAUUGUUGACAUUAACUCUAGUACAAGACUGUAUUUUAUUUUUAUUACAGAGUUUAAAAUAUUAAAAUGUAUUGCAUAAAUAUUUAAUUAUUUAAAAUUUCUCCAGUAUGUUAAUGCUAAAGAAAAUCAAUCGAAUAACUACAUUUUAGACCUAAUGAAAUACUUAUAUUUUUAUUAUUUCCACACUUCUUUUUAUCAUAAAACAUG